AAUAGGUGUUUGUUUUAGACAGGGAAGAAAAUCUCUAGAGUUCGAUACGCAUACUGCGCUCAGCCGCUCACGUAUCCGAUCCAUUCAUAGGAACGGAGUCGAGGCCGCGCAUUUGAAAAUCGGUCUUCCUUUCAAUUCCUUCUGAAAAGGCCGGGACAUUCUUCCCCUCAAGCCUCCAGCGGCUGCUUAAAUUGCAGUGCUUGAUCAAGUUAUUGUUAAAAUACUUACCCAACACAGAGAGCAGUAGCAGUAGUAUAGUACUGUAAUUACUCUCACAUAAAGAUUUUGGUAAAAUGGGUCGAUCCCCUUUGGUUGGGAUCGCCCUAUUAGUACCCAUCUUCUCCUUUUUAUUCCUCAAAUUUUCUCCUUUCAAUCUCCAUCUCCCUCUCUACCCCUUUUCAGCUUCCCAGAAACUCUUUACUAAGCAACAACUAGCUCUUUACAAUGGAACUGAUGCUGCCUUGCCAAUCCUCUUAGCCAUUCUUGGCUCAGUCUUUGAUGUGACAAAAGGAAAAUCGCACUAUGGUUUGGGAGGGGGCUACAACCAUUUUGCUGGGAGAGACGCCUCCCGUGCAUUUGUUUCCGGAAACUUUUCAGGAGAUGGUCUUACUGAAUCAUUACGAGGUUUAUCCAGCACUGAGGUGAAAGGUGUGGUUGACUGGCGAGAUUUCUACGUCAGAACUUACAUACCUGUUGGUAAACUUGUUGGUCUUUACUAUGAUAGUAAAGGGAACCCCACAAAAUACUUGAAAGGAGUAGAAGCAAAGGCUGCUAGAGGUGCCCAGCUGAUGGAAAAACAAAAGGUUGAAGAAGCUAAGGUGCCUAGCUGCAAUUCAAGGUGGAGUCAGGAAGACGGUUCAGAGGUUUGGUGUGAGAUUGGGUAUCCAAGGUUAGUUCAGAGGCCUAUUGAGAUAGCUUUGACAGGGAAAAUGAGUAAGCGUUGUGCUUGCUUCAACAAAGCUGAACUAGACCAGCCAGGAUUAGAAGUGUAUGAAGGAUGUGAAUAUUUUUCCAAUCUGUGCCGGCUUUAGUCAAUCCAAACAUAUGGUGAAACCGCGUCAUCUUUUGUUUAAAGAUUGUUUUGGACAAGUUUGUAGUUGUGAUAGAUAUAUGGAGCCUGUGAACAUUAAAGUUUUUGGAAUGUGCAUCCAAAUUAUCAUUUAAACCUGUUAUGUCGGGGAUGUGAGCUUGACAGGACAUGUAUUUUACAGACUCCUAUAAAAUAUAGUUUCACAAAUUAUUUUAUA